UGCUUUGAGUGCCUUCAAGCUUAAACUGUUUUCUUUUCCUUGAAGAGAAAAUCUCGACGAUGGAGGCGAAAGACUGCAUGGAGUUGCGGCAAAAGAACUACACGCGGAGCGGCAUCUACACCAUCACACCUGCCUUCACAGGGGUGGGCGACGGCGGCAAGGGCUUUGAUGUCUUCUGUGACAUGGACACCGACGGAGGGGGCUGGACGGUGAUCCAGCGGCGGAUGAACGGGCUGGUGGAUUUCCAGCGGGGCUGGGAGUCGUACCGCCAGGGCUUCGGCGACCUGGAGGGCGAGUUCUGGUUAGGCAAUGACAAGAUCCACCAGAUCGCCAGCCAGGGCCGGUACACGCUCUACAUAGACAUGGAAGACUUUGAGGAUGAGACGCGGUACGCCAGGUACGGUCUCUUCCGGAUCAAAGGUCAGGAUGACAACUUCCGGCUGGAGGUCCAGGACUACGAGGGAGACGCAGGAGACGCUCUAGCAGCCGGCCAGCACAACGAAAUGACGUUCAGCACCAAGGACAAGGACAACGACGCUUGGCGGCAGGGCUCGUGCGCGUCCCUGUUCGCCGGCGCCUGGUGGUACUACAACUGCCACUGCGCCAACCUGAACGGCCAGUACCUGCGCGGCCAGCACCAGACGCACGGAGACGGAAUCAACUGGUGCACGUGGCACGGCUACACCUACUCACUCAAGGGGAGUGUCAUGAGGAUCAGGCCCGCGUGA